AUGAACGGCUUUACCACUGAAGGCGUCUGGGCUCCUCGUCCACCACGCGCGCGAGUCAACGCCGCCAGAAUCGAGGAGCUGAGUACCGCGUCCGACAACAGUGACGACCAGGGAAAUGGCGCGUCCGCCCCUUUAGCUAGGAGCUUAUUAUACGUUACGCUUCGACACGAGGAUGAGGAACUACCGAUCGAGCAGCACCUAGUGCUUUCCGGCCGACUCGACACAUCCGGCCGCGCCGCAGCCCGCAACGUCUCCGUCUACCUUGACAACGGCGCCAACUCGAUGUUUAUUAACCCAGCUAUUGUCAAGGCGAACAAACUGCCCUGCUUCCCUCUCGCUCGAUUGUGUUUUUCCAGCACAUCCUCCGACUUCGUCGCACAAAGCCAGUCGGUUAACCACGCCUAUGCGCCUCCGUUCUCAACCUCGGACCCCCUUAUGCCACUUCAGGAGUCCGGUAAAUUCCAAGACCCUUACGAACCGCACCCGCUUCAGGUUGGAAUUAAGGAAAUCGGCAACAACAACCCUGUCAAAAUCCGACAGUUGAGUGCUCGCGCAGCUACACUUAUAGCUUACCGCUCCGAAACGGAAGUGUUUGCCCUCUGGAUUAGCCUGUCGGCUUACGCGACUACUGUCGCAGACUACGAGAAGUUUAUGACCGGUGCAACUAGCUCGGAGUUAGAUGUCCUUGCCAAACUGCCGCCGGUGCACUACGACCUGGCCACAGCAUUCUCGCAGCAGGAAGCUAACACGCUCGCUGAACACAAACCCGGCGUAGACUAUAAGAUCUUCCUAAAAGAGGGUUCCUUACUGCUAUUCCGCAAACCAUACCGCCUCCUAAGCACCUUAACACAUCCAGCCUCCUUGCGUACGCCCUUGGAUCUAGCGCCAGCCUCGAGGCCGCUGUUCGUGCACCGCCGCGAUGUCCGCGCGGAGAAUGGAAUGCUAUACGUUCGCAACCGCUAUAAUAGCUGGAGUCUCUUUGUGCCUGGUCAAGAUGAUAACGACAACGACUUGCGCACUCGAAUCUUCCGCAUGUGCUACGACUCCUUCGGAGCCGGCCAUGCAGUAAGAGUCGGUCAGACAACGCCGUCUACAAAAACAUCAUGA